AUGAGUUAUUUAGCUCGUAAAGACGAGGUUAGUCAACAUUGGACAGAGAGCGGUAGCAUGGAUUUAUUAGAAAAAGCUCUAUUAAACGAUGAAAUUCAAGAGCAAAUUCAGCAAUUAGUAAAGGACAAAACCAUUGUUUCUCCUAUCGAAACCCAAAUUAGUUUUGGUGCUUUUAAACAACCCGAAACCCUUUUUAGUUUAUUGCUUUUCAGUGGUUAUUUAAGUCCCGUGACUAGGUCUGCUCAAACUGAUGCUUAUGAUGAACAAGAAUCUGGCCAGGGCCGAGCGGAUUUAAUUUUAAUCCCUAAAUCUAAACCUCUCCACCAUGCUUUUAUUAUUGAAUAUAAGGCUUGUGAUCGCGAGGAGGAGUUAGAUUUGACUGCCCAGAAAGGCCUAAAACAAAUUAAGAAUAAGAAAUAUAAUGUGAAA